GUUUGUCAGAAUUUUUGCAGCGGGUAGAAUCAGGAAGGAAUUUCAUUGAAGAAGGUCAAGGAUUGUCUGAAUUAGGGCUUGCUUCAAGUCUUCAUCUUGCUCCUGUGUCAGUUUCAAAAGAUGUUGAAACGCAUAACACGCAUAUCUUUCUAUAGAGAAGGUUCUCAGUGUUCUUAAAAGAAUAAUCAAUGAAGAUUGCCUACUACUAGAUUUCAUACCGAAAGAUGAUAUCUACAACAAUAGAACUACAAGGAACAAGCCCAUCAGAAUUUGUUGUUCCUUUGGCCAAAUACAACAAGUCAAUGUACACCCAAGUCUCUCUCGGUAUGAGAUUCAAGAUGAUGUUUGAGACCGAGGAGUCUGGAGUACGUAGAUACAUGGGAACAAUCACUGGCAUCAAUGAUUUGGAUCAUGUUCGGUGGAAAAAUUCACAGUGGCGUAAUCUGCAGGUUGGCUGGGAUGAAUCGACAGCUACUGAAAGAAGAACAAGAGUAUCACUAUGGGAGAUUGAACCUGUGACAACUCCUUUUUAUAUAUGCCCCCCUCCCUUUUUCAGACCAAAGUUCCCUAAACAACCAGGGAUUCCAGGUGAAGACCACUCUCAAAGGAUCUAUGGAGAUGAGAUUUGAGAGGAGUGACGACCCUUUGGAGAAAAUAACCACAAGUGAGCAAAUCGAAAGUAUAGCUGAGUUAUAUACGUCUCAAGGGGAACCUGUAACUGUUCGAUCUUUCUGACCAAUUCAUGCUAAGAUACUCGCCACGGUUAGUGACAGUUUGUAACUAAUUUUUUUAACAAAUAUCACAGCCACGGUUAGUGACAGUUUGCAUAGUUUUCAGCAUCACAAUAAUUUUCUUCCAUGGGAUAUCUGAUCUAAUUUUUGAGCUAUUGAAAC